AUGUCUGAAACAAUCUUAGUCACAGGUGGUACCGGUUACGUCAGUAACUGGGUCAUUCUCUACGCCUUGGAAAGAGGUUACAAGGUUAAGACCUCAUUGAGAAGUCUUUCGAAAGAGGCUCAAUUGCGUGAGUCUUUGGUUUUGUCCAGUGACAAGCUCACCAAGGAAUUGGUCGAUAAAAAUUUGGAUGUCUUUGUCGCUGAUUUGGUUUCUGACGAUGGCUGGGCUGAGGCUUUCCCAGGAGUUGACUAUGUUCUUCACAUUGCUUCUCCAUUCCCAGCUGUCCAGCCAAAGAACCCGGAUGAUAUCAUCAUUCCAGCCGUUGAAGGUACCCUCAAAAUCCUCAGAUUCGCAGCUAGCACGCCUACCGUAAAGCAAGUUGUAGUCACGUCUUCUAUGGCAGCAAUUGCUUAUGGCCAUGGUGAGCAUCCCGAACCAUUUACUGAGAAGGAUUGGUCUAACAAGGACAAUCUUACUUCCGCUUAUCUUCUCUCAAAGACUUUGGCUGAAGAAGGGGCAUGGAAAUAUGUCAAGGAAAAUAAUGUCAAGUAUGCCUUGACUGUUAUGAACCCAGCAUAUAUCUUUGGUCCUACUUUAAAGAAAGGUACGGGUUUCCCAGCCUCGUUGGAAUUGAUUCAAAAGUUGGUGGAUGGUACCAAUAAGGACGGUGCUGCCAGUAUGUUCUUGAGUUAUGUGGACGUCAGAGAUAUUUCCACCUUACAUCUUGAUGCCUUGACCAAUCCUAAGGCUAAGGGUGAACGUUUUUUGGUAAACACUGGAGUAAAUAUCAGUUUGUUGGAAAUUGCCGAUAUCUUGAGAGAGGUGUUACCAGCCGAAAAAGCUAAAAAUCUACCUACCAAGGAAUUGGAAGGUAAGAAGGAUGACAGAAGACCAUCGGACGUUACCAAGGCCAGAACAACUUUUGGCUGGGCACCAAUUUCACCCAAAGAAACUUUCCUUGCGACCGUCAACAGUCUUCCACAAUAG